AUGUCUGAGCAAACAGGCAACUUCAAUGAUGGAGAAGAAUCAAUAGAUCAUGAAGAAAUUGACUAUGUUAGUCCAGAGAUAAUAUAUCUGGAAGAUAAUGGCGAUACUUCAGAACUAAAGGGUUUCACUCAUCUAGGCCCUCUUGUAGAAUACAUCUAUGAUGAAAACGCAGUAGUAGAAUAUAACGACCAUCAAUACACUGAGCUUGACUAUGCCACCCAAGACAAUUCUGAACAUAUACAAGAUACAUGUUCAACGGAAAUCAAUGAUGAUAGCAGUGAUUUAAUUCAACCAAUGAUGCCAUUUUUUUUAUCUUCUCAAGUUUUUGCUGCUGGUGAGGAGCAAGAUCCAAACGAUGGGGAAACUAUCAUUCUUCAAGUGGAAAAUGAAGAGGAAGAAGUAGAUCAAAGGACACCUAUACCUGAUGAAGUUAGAUCUUCUACUUUACAAUUACUUCUGUGUUCAAGCAAAUCCAACUCUGUCUUAGAUACAUACACGUGCGAGGUGUGUUCAAUUUCCUAUGGUUGCUUAAACUGCUUAAAAUCUCACUAUGAAACUAUGCACUUGGGAAAUACUUUUAUAGCACAUUACAAAUGUAAAUAUUCCACCCAUAUUAGCAAAGGCCUAUGCUGUCCAGUUUGUGAGCUGACUUUUAAUACAAAGAGUGAAACUAUGGAUCACUACAUAACUCACGCAGUAGCAUGUGAUAUAUGUGGCUCCGGUUUUGAUAGACAGCAAUAUUUAUCGGAACAUCGUAGAAAAGUACACAAUAAGGGUGAUUUUGAUGUAAUAUAUGAUUGUGAAAUUUGUAGAGGCAAUUUUCAGUAUCCAAGUGGAUUGAGUAAACAUUACCAGAAAACCCACAAAAUCAUUCUUUGCGUUGAAUGCAAAGUAAGAUGCGGAGAUCAAAGUGAAUUAAUAGAACACGAAAAAAUGCACAAGCAAAAAGCUGAUGUUUUACCAUAUGCGUGCAGCAAGUGUGAUAAAGCCUUCGCCGAAAUUUCAGAAAUCGCCGUUCAUAUUAGGCAAGAUCAUAACCAUAAACGGAAACAGCAGUUCGAAACAGUGUAUGUGAUUAGUCAAAUUAAGGCUGAUAAUAAACAAAUCAAGAAUAAAGUGGUUAGGAUUCAGUAG